CACACACACAAUAAACACAAGACGACAGUUACUUGAGAAGGCGGUAAUUAGAUUUAGCACAGCCUAUUAACGCUUAUGAUGAAGGCGGCGGGGUUUGGUGCUUUAAUGAUCACUGUUUGUGGAAUGAGAGCAGAUGAAAGCGCACAGCUUAUUGAUGAAUACUGCAUGGCACCGACCCUUAAACAACAACGUGUUGAGUUUCAGAGCUCUGACUGGCGUCUUCUGAAUCAACUUAACGUUCAACUUAACUAUUAACAGCUGGGCAAAUAAGACAAGUCCGUAUUUAAAUAAACCACAGAGGCUGAAUACAGGGGGCUGCGUCCCAAACUGGACAUCACAGUACCCAAACUGACAAUCCCUAAUGCUUUUUAUUAUUAUUUUUUUUUUUUAAAAGAAUACCCUUCAGUGUGUGUAUGUGAGUGUGCCCUGCGAUGGAUUGGCACCCAGUCCAGGGUGUACCUUGUACCCGAUGCUCCCUGGGAUAGAUUCCAGGUUCCCUGCGACGCAGUAGACUAAGCAGUAUAGAACAUGGAUGGAUGGAAGAAUUCCCUUUAGUGCUCUACAGUAGUAUGCGCAAUUGUAUGCAGCCAGGCGUUCGGUCGUACGCUCUUCUCGCUGAUUGGUCAGUUGAAGCAUGUGGGCGUGGCCAGGCAGAGCUCCUCGGUUGAACAGAACACCUCAGGCGCUGCCGGGCUUCAUUUAGUUGCGCGUCUGAGCGAUCAACAUUCUGCAAGCUGUGAAAUAAUGUUUAUUUCUACCGAAUGAAUGACUUGAGGUGGACCUGAUUCAGUUUGACUGGAAACUACAUAGCUGAAAAGUACUCGCACGACUCCAGGGAGAAUAUUGUCUUAAUUCUGGGUGAGGCAGAUUUGGCGAUGGAUUUGGUGUGGCUUCUUCUCCUGUGCGUCGUAGCGGACGUGUGCGUUUCAUUCUCCAGAGCAGAGAGACACAGCGUGUUCUGGAAUAGCACCAACCCAAAGUUUCAGGGGGACGGCUACACAGUGGAGGUGCGUCUGAAUGACUACCUGGACAUCGUGUGUCCCCAUUACCCUCUAGGCACGGUGCCGUCUCAGGAGGCUGAGCGCUAUGUGCUGUACAUGGUGGAGCGUGAGGACUACGAGGCGUGCCGACCACAGUCCUAUGAGCAGAUGCGCUGGGAGUGCGGCCAGCCUUUUGCCCUGCACGCACCAGAAAAGUUCUCUGAGAAGUUUCAGCGGUUCACACCCUUCACCCUGGGCAAGGAGUUUCGCCCAGGCCAGAGCUACUACUAUAUCUCCAAACCUCUGCACCACCAUGGACAGGAGUGUCUGAAGCUGAAAGUAGAUGUCAUUGCUAAUGAUGGAUCACAAGAGGCUAGAGUUGGACCCGGCAAAGGAAGUGGAGGAGGCGUGCACACCACCUCAAACCGCUUACCAGCAGGUAUAGACGAUCCAGUCGUGCUGCCAGACGUUCAGAAAAGUGUGCGAACGAACUCCGCAGUCAGACCAGCAUUUCUGACUAUCCUUACAAUGCUGCUCCCUUUAUUGUUAUUAUGGCUGGUUUUGCAGUAAGAGCAUUUUUAAAGCACUACAGUGGUCCAAGACUGAGUUGAAAGUGGAAUCUGUAAACCAAAACACACAGAAGGAGUUCUCAAAACCCAGCGCUGGCCACUGGGUGGAAGGAACAGAUGGGCUGUCUGAUGCUGUUUGGGUUUUAAAGACAGUUCAUCAAAAUCAAGAGGGCUGAUUUGCUCUCUUACUCUGCUACAUGUGGCCAUUUUUCCUGAAAGGAUGUUUUUUUGGUAAAGGGAAAUAUCCCAUAUUUUGCUCAGAGCACAUCAUUCUAACAAACCUUAAGUAAAUGUACUGUGUAGUUUGAGGAACGAUGGAUGAUGAGGACUGUUUGAGCGUGUUGGGCCAAACUGAGGCAACAUUCUGUGAUUGCUUAUAGGACGGCCCAUAAUCUAAUGAGCCAAAGAUCAUAGAGCUUAUCAGUAAAAUGUACAAUGGUUUUGCUGUUGUUUUUGUUUUCAAGUGAUUUCUCCAUGUAGCAGCAAAGAAGCACAAGCCGUUUUUAUAACUUUACCAAAUCAACUGGAAUUUACAACUUACUUUGUCUCACACACACACAUACAUGUGCCAUACAAAGACACUUAUUGUAGCAUUCACAUACACACACACCCACACACACACCUGUUUUGUUGUUGUACAUGUUUUAUUUGAAGAGUUCUUAAGUUAUUAAAUGUGCUGCAGAAUGAAUAGCUGUAUAAAAGGAGCAAAAGAUCAAACCAAUUAUUACUUUGUAAAACAAAGAAAGAAAAAAAAUCUGAGUGUAUGCAUUAGUGUAUGCAUUAGAGAGAGAGAAUAUGAGGGAGAGAGAGAGAGAAUAUGAGGGAGAAUAUGAGAGAGAGAGAGAAUGAGAAAAUAUGGGUGAAUGAGAUUGGGGGGGGGGUUGCGAGGACUGUAAGAAUUUGCUGAUUAACCAAACCGACACUAUCCCCAGAGUGUACAUUAUUAGAUGACGGGGAAAUGCAUUUGAAGCUAAAACACACAGUGUACUCUAUGUGCUUUUUCCUCUUUUGAGCAUCUGAAAAGCAAAAUUAUUAUAUAUAUAUAUAUAUCUCUCUCUAAAGUGUGAGGGUUUAAUCUCAUUAUUUGACAUUCAAUAAUUAUAAAUGCAUACAUACAGUGGGGUCCAAAAGUCUGAGAGCACUAGUGAAAGUUUCUAUUUUUCAUUCUUUUUUUAAUUUAAUACAACAAUUUUCAUUAUGAAUGAUAUUACUGGCAACAGCUUGAGUUAAAAGUAGAAUAUUAGAAAUAUUUACAUGAAUUUCAGAGUUUAUUUUUAUUUGGUUCAUCCCCUUUCUGCUUUAAUGACCGUGUGCAAUCGAGCUGGCACAGACUCCACAAGUUUGUUCAAAACCUUAUGAACCAUUUUAGAUCAAAUCCAGCAGCGUGUUGUCUGAACACAUGCUUUAAUAGAAUUGAUUAGACAUGAGGAAAAUCUGAUCUUUUGUACAAAACAGUUAACAUGGUCAAUAUCAAUAAGCAGAAUUUGCUUACAUUUAAAUAAGGACCUAGAAAUAUUAAAUAUUCAAGAUCUUUAAAUUUACUUUGUUAUAAACAUUUAAAAAUCCCAGAUUUUCAAUUUGGACUCUGUGUGUAUGUGUAUGUAUGUAUGUAUGUAAAGUGUGUAUAGAUAUAAAAUUAUUGAAUGUUAAAUAUUAAGAUUAAACUCACAAUUAAGUUAAGUAAGUUAGUUUGUAUGCAUUUUAUAUAUAAUAUGUAUGCACAUGAUGCAAGAGAAUGACAAACGUGAAUAGGUCAGCAUCUACUACACAAAACACUACACAAUCAAACAGCAUCAUGUGUACCUGUUAUAGCUGAAUUCUCACUGGCUGCAUGUACAACCCAUAAAUGGACAUGACUAUAUGACUAAUUUGCUCUGAUCUACUCCUCAAACCCUUAUUUUGUACGUGUUAUGUAAAAUGUAUAAUAUGUACAUAUAGAUGAAUAUAUAAAAACGUGACAUUUGGUAUAUACUGUAAAUGUGAAAUAAAUAUUAUUUUUUGAAU